CAACAUCCUCAAAGAUUAACGAGACUUUCUCAGUCGGAAGUGAAGAACCCGAAGUCUCGUAACAACAUCUUCUGCAUUAAAGGGAUCUCUCAGUCGGAAGUGAAGUACUAUAAAUGCUGAACUGAGCGCAACACUGCAAUUCUCCGUUGUUAAUCGUGAAAUACGGAGCUGCAUGAGCGUGAGCACGCGAAAAGGGUGAAUCAGAUAGAGUCUGCUAGAGGGAGUAGGAAAGUGAAAUUGGUGGGAAAGUAUUCUAUGAAAAUGGACAAGUAUAAGAAGGAUGCAAGGGCUGUUCUGACUCCUAAAGUUGGGUAUGGUUUGGCUGAUGAGCUGAAACGGGCAGGGUUUUGGGUUCAAACCGUGUUGGAUAGGCCGCAAGCUACAGAUGUUGCGCUGCAAAAGCAUAUGGUGGAUAUGAUGGAUCACAGGCGGGUUGAGUGCGUGGUCCUUGUAUCAGAUGAUUCUGAUUUUGUUGAUGUGAUAAAGGAAGCAAAGUUGCGAUGUCUCAAGACUGUUGUUAUUGGGGAUAUUAGUAGUAACGGAGUCUUGAAAAGGACUGCCGAUACUGCAUUUUCCUGGGAGGAAAUUUUGAUGGGGAAGGCUAAGAAGGAGGCUGUAUCGGUUAUGGAAAAUUGGAAAGAUCGUGAUAUAUUGAAAAGGUUGGAGUGGACGUACAAUCCAGAUGUGGAUAAAAAGAAACUCAACAUGGAUGAUGCAGAUGCUGAAGCAUCUGGAGAUGAUGAUAUUGAAGAUAUCUAUGAUGAAAUUGAUAAUGACUACAAUGAUGACAAAGGUUCUUGGUGGAAAUUAGACUCCGAUGAUAAUGAUGUUACAAAUUGAUAAUCACUGAAAGCUAUCCAUCUUACAUGUGAAGCUCGUCAAGAAAGCUACUGAUAUUGUAGAUUUUAAGUAGAUCAAUGCCAACCUAAUGCAAUUCUUGAUAGUUAUAUAUUAUGUUUGGUUUGCUGCUUUCCAAAUA